AUGAAGAAGGCCGACGAAAAUGCCACCCUCAUGAACGGGGUGGAGCCCGCUGCCCCAGCUCGUGACGAUGUGCCGGAAACCUUUCGGCAGUUCCUCUACAACAAGAAGAACGGAACAGUGCUGGGCAGAAAUGGAAAGUCCUGGUUCCAGAUCAUCGUCUUCUACAUCAUAUUCUAUGCUCUGCUAGCAGCUUUCUGGCUGGCCUGCUUGACCAUCUUCCUCCGAACUCUCGAUCCAAAAGUUCCCAGAUUUUAUGGUAAGGGAACCAUCAUUGGUGUUAAUCCAGGAGUCGGAUACCAACCAUGGCUGAAGGAGAGACCGGAUUCCACCCUGAUCCAGUACAAUCUCCGUGACCAAUCCUCCUACAAAGCAUACGUCGACCAAGUGAAGGGCUAUCUGACCAAGUAUGACUCGAAUGCCACCGAGACUCGUGAAUGCGGAGCUGGAGACAGCAAUGAUGACCUUGAGAAAGACCCCGAAGCUCUCCCAUGUCGAUUCGAUCUCUCCGUCUUUGACAAGGGGUGCAGCGAAAAAACCGAUUUCGGUUUCAAAUCUGGAAAACCAUGCGUUAUCAUCUCUUUGAACCGUCUCAUCGGAUGGCGUCCGACUGACUACCCAACCAGCUCUGUUCCAGAAGAGGUUAAGGAUCGCUACAAGGCUGGAUCGAUCGCCGUCAACUGCCGUGGAGCCACUAACGUUGAUCAGGAACACAUCGGAAAGGUCACCUACAUGCCACCGAGCGGCAUUGAUGGACGUUAUUACCCAUACGUUUUCACUAAGGGCUACCAACAACCGAUUGCCAUGGUCAAGUUCGAAACCAUCCCCCGCAACAAGCUCGUUAUCGUGGAAUGCCGUGCAUAUGCUCUCAACAUUGAGCACGAUAUCUCGUCAAGACUCGGAAUGGUAUACUUCGAAGUGAUGGUUGAGGACAAGCCAGUCGUCGAAAAGAAGGAGUUGUAG